GGCUGCACCGGCGCUAUAAAGUCCUCCCGGUGCUGUGGAUGGAAGCGCGGCGCUGAACCAGAACCACAGCCAGGCAGGAGACAAAGGGAGAAAAAAUCAAAAUAAAAUAAAAAUAAAAAUACAAACUGAGCUAAACCAAAAACAUGGUGAAGAUCACCUUCCAGUCAGUUUCGGCGCAGAAGCCCGAGAAAGACCAGGAUGUCGACAAGAUCACUCUACCCCAGGCUCACGGGCGGCUGGUUCCUCCCAUGAAGCCCAGAAAACCCUUUCCAGUGGGCCUGUGCUGCCUCGCCAUCGGCCUUGUCAUCUUCACCUUGGGACUGGUGCUGCCUUCCAUUUACAUCUAUCGCUUCUACUUUAUGUCCCAGCAGAUCCCAGAGGACAGCUUAUUCCACUGCCGGGUCAUCUACGAGGAUUCUGUGUACGCUCCCCUGAGAGGACGCCAAGAACUGGAAGAGAACGUGGGCAUCUACCUUGAGGAGAACUAUGAGCAGAUCAGUGUUCCCGUGCCUCAUUUUGGGGGCAGUGACCCAGCAGACAUCGUCCAUGACUUCCAGAGGGGCCUCACAGCCUAUUACGACAUUGCCUUGGACAAAUGCUACAUCACUGAGUUGAACACGACUGCUGUGAUGCCUCCUCGCAGUCUGUGGGAGCUGCUCGUUAAUGUCAAGAGGGGGACGUACCUUCCCCAGACGUACAUUGUCCAAGAGGAGAUGGUUGUGACUGGCAGGUUGAGGAACAUGAGGCAGCUGGGCCCCUUCAUCCACAGACUCUGCUUUGGCAAAGAGACGUACCGCCUCAGACGUCGCAACCAGCGCCAACGUAUCGAGAGGCGCGAGGCAAAGAAGUGCCACAGAAUCCGUCACUUUGAGAACACGUUUGUGGUCGAGACCGUCAUCUGCGACCGAUUCUAAAAUCUGAGGCGGAAAUCACAGCCAUCCGACACUGAAGCCAAUUUCAAACCAUACCUCUUGAAUUCCUUAUGCGUUAUGCUGCACUUUAAGAGCAAAAUGUUGUCCUUUCGUUUCGGUCUGAAGAGUUUUUUUUUGUCUCAUCUUUGCUCUUUUUGUUGUUAAUGUCUUACUUUUUAAUUCGGAUCGUACGUGUGAUGUGUUUGGAUUUAUCUGUGGCUUGUCCUGUAGAGCAGGAGAUAUUAAUCUCAGUCAAAUCAGUCAGUCUGUGACAGUUACAUCAGAAAACCAGACUCGCUCUUAUUUUGUUCGUAUUCGUUUGUUAGUUAUUUWAAAAAAAAAUUUAUUUAAAGGGCAAAACAUACCUCAUGUAGUUAAGAUGUUCAUUUUGCUUGUUUAUAUCAUUACCGAAUUGUGUAUAUAACUGAUUGUUCCUAAGCAAUAUACAUAUAUAUACUGUACAUUUUCUUCUUAAUAUCACAUUGUUACACAUGCAUAGAUUUUUAUCAAAACUUGUUUUUGUGAGAGAUCACUUAUUUAUGUUUUUUUUUUUUUUCCUUUGGUAUCACACUUUACUACUCCUUGGGUUAUAUACGGCUUUAGACUGUAAUUAGUAGCAGUGCUGUAGAGGGACAAAGGGAACCAAAGUCUGCAGUCAGUGAUGCUACAAAUAGUUGUAAGGGGUAUAAUAUUUAUAUUGAAGAGUGCUUUAUAGUUUAGAUCACUUACUGUAGAUGAUAUCAAAGGCAAAAAACGACUUCUUUUCGCUCUUCCUCACUCAGAUUUAGCUGUUUGUCUUUAGCUCUCGCCUCCUCUCCGUCCUUUCUGACUUCCGUUCUCUACAUUGUUGACGAGUCUUAUCAUGAAUGACAUUUUUAGGUGUGUUUAUGAUGUACACRUGCUCAUAUUUCACUGUUUUUGACACUUUAUCUGACUGUACAGUCUAAAUUCUCUUGUAAGAUCUCGCUGCUUUAAAAAUAAACAAUCAAACUUU